ACCGUGAUUCAGAACAGCAGGCGCAGAGUCUCAAAGCAGUGUGUGUGGCCACCGGGAAUGUGCGGCUGGAAACGCACGCUAUUCUCAGGACUGGGAAGUCUUGCUGAGCUGGUCGCAGGAGACAGUCCCGUCGUGACUGUACUGCAGUAAGCCAACCCGAACGCUUACUUAAAUUAAAGUCCAAACCGUAUCGGUGCUUUCGGAACGCGAGUAGAUGGUGAGCGGACAGCCGUCGGGGGGCACACCGCCGCGGGGCUACGCGUAGAAAGAACCCGCCGGAGCGCUGCGUCGGUCUCCCCUUUUGCUCCGUGCGUGGGUUGCCACUCUGUCCCCCGGCGGGCCCGGGUUUAGGAGCGCUCUAAAAAACACAAAGGUGUCACCUUUAUAUCUCCGUGGUGCGGAACGCUCUGCCAUAAAUGCGCGUCCGUGACGGCGAUGGAGUGAAAUCUGCGCGCAAACCCAACAGCACCGACCUGCCGUGGUGUCCCCGAGCUGCGUUGUAAACAAGUAGAUGAUAGAGGAUACGAUGACCCUGCUGUCUCUGUUGGGUAGGAUCAUGCGUUAUUUUCUGCUCAGACCCGAGACCCUGUUCCUGCUGUGCAUCAGCCUGGCCCUGUGGAGUUACUUCUUCCACACGGACGAGGUGAAGACCAUCGUCAAGUCCAGCCGGGACGCGGUGAAGAUGGUCAAGGGGAAGGUGGCGGAGAUGAUGCAGAACGAGCGCUUCGGCGGCCUGGACGUCCUGGACGCGGAGUUCUCCAAGACCUGGGAGUUCAAGAGCAACAACGUGGCCGUGUACUCCAUCCAAGGCCGGCGGGAUCACAUGGAGGACAGGUUCCAGGUGCUCACCGACAACGUCAACAAGAGCCACCCGGCCAUCUUCGGGGUUUUCGACGGCCACGGAGGAGAGGCUGCUGCUGAGUUUGCCAAGACCCACCUGGCAGAGGCUCUGCGCCAGCAGCUACUUGCCUAUGAACGAGAGAGAGAUCGAGACCGAGAAAAAGACAAAGAUGAAAAAAAGGAGAGGGGAGGCCUCUCCUAUCCGUCCAUCCUGGAGCAGCAGAUACUGACGUUAGACAGGGAAAUGCUGGACAAACUCUCUGCCAACUACAAUGAAGCAGGCACUACGUGUCUGGUGGCGCUGCUGUCUGAUAAGGAGUUGAUCGUGGCCAAUGUCGGUGACUCGCGGGGAGUUGUGUGCGAUAAGGACGGAAACGCCAUUCCUCUGUCGCAUGAUCACAAACCUUACCAGCUCAAGGAACGCAAGAGGAUCAAGAAGGCUGGCGGUUUCAUCAGCUUCAACGGUUCGUGGCGCGUCCAGGGCAUCCUUGCCAUGUCCCGCUCUCUGGGCGACUACCCACUGAAGAACCUCAACGUGAUCGUCCCCGAUCCCGACAUCAUGUCCUUUGACCUGAACAAGCUGCAGCCAGAGUUCAUGAUCCUGGCCUCGGACGGCCUGUGGGACACCUUCAGCAACGAGGAGGCGGUCCGCUUCAUCAGGGAGCGACUGGACGAGCCGCACUUCGGGGCCAAGAGCAUCGUCCUCCAGUCCUUCUACCGUGGCUGCCCUGACAACAUCACCGUCAUGGUGGUCAAGUUUAAAGGCAAGACGGGUGAAAAGAAGUAAGAAAUGAAUAAGGGCUUCGGUUGGGAGACACCGUUGGAACGAGAACUAACCACAGAUAUUUCCAGCAUUUGCCCGUCAAAGCUAACAUCAACAUCCCCCAAUUGUCCCUAUUUUUGAAUCAGAAACAAGCUGAAUUUAUGCUUUGCAUUAAAGAUUAGACACGAAUGGGAGCAGGGUUGCUGUUAUGUAAAUAAGCAGAUUGCAUUUCAUACAGCUGUGGGUCUUGAGUUUGAGUUGUUAUGAGUUCUUUUAAGAGGAUUUUAAGGAGAAAUGCAGACGUAUUUCUCUUUAUGUUGAACAAAAACACAACAGUGUCACUUAUAGUCUUGAUGUUUGAGACAGAUUCUUUUUUUAAACAGAUGAUUUACUGUCAUUACCAUAUUUUUUCAGUCUAAUAUGAUGCUUAAAGGAGCAUUGCGCAGGUUUAAAGGUAAAAAAAAUUUCUUUCCCAUACAUGUCCUUACAUUUGCAAAACAUGUAAAAUGAAUUUCCUCUAUUUACCGCAGUUGCCUUUAUAGGCUCCAUUAGUCAGUUCAUGGGAGAGUGAUUCAGGUCAUAUUCUCUUGCUGUGCGCGUGGGUGUGACACACUGCACGCUCUCGUUCACUUGGCUACUUUGUUGAGUCUCCGCUGUAAUCGUUGCAUUAGCGAGCGAACACGGGCUAACUUCAAUAUUUAUAACUUUUUUACCACAGAAGACAUUACCCCUCUUAAAAUACCUGUGCAGUCCCAGCAGCAGAUCCUUUUUCCUGUUGUCCCAUACACUGGUGUCAUUUCAACUUUUGGCCAUAGGGGGCAGACGUCUGCAAAAAACUCUAAAACCUGCGUUAUGCUCCUUUAAAAAUUAUUUUCACAUUACUUUUUUUUUUGUCAAGUACACCUCACAUGUAUUAUUUUAGAAGCUAUUGAAUAUUUUUUCAUAAACAACACAAAUGCUAAUUUUGCCUAUGCCACAUAUAUAACCCCUUAACCUGUACAGUAAUAGAACUGACUAGGUUUUUAUAUCACAUUUAUUGUAUGUGAUGUGAGAACGAAUGACUUUGAGUUGAGCUAUCCUGUUUUUUUAAAGUGUUUUAUCAUUUUUUUGCGACUGACUUCAGUUCUGAUGAAUUUUCUCGUUUGCAACUUUUACGGCCGAUAUUAGUCAGCUCUACUGUUUCAGCACAGCUGAGAUCUGUGUGACUAAUAAUUUUUAAUGAUAUAACCGCAGCUUGUCGGAGAGGGAUGAAAGAUCUUGGAGCUAGAGAUACUUCAUACUCAGUGGAUUGAUAAUGUACUUCUCAUUGCUGCGGACUGCUAAUUAUUUGUGCAUAAGAUUUCACUUUUCUUAUACACACAAAUACUUACUAUAUGACAUAUAACUUUGAUCAAAUUGAAACAACAUAAUUUCGCUAAUUUAUAAUUCUAUGUUAAGACAUAGAUACAAGAUAGACCUGCUAGUUAAUUUUAAAAUUAUAAUUUAGUUAUAUCUACAGUAAAUAAAAGGCUAUUAUGCUGAAAGUGACAGGUUAUUGUUAUGUGACCUUUUAAAUACAAUUUCACCUUAACUAGAACAAGGGUUUGAACUUGAAGCGAGUUCGAAUGUAACAGAAUAUUGAAUUUUUGAUUUUAAGAUGUGUCGCUGUUGCCUUAUUAUUGUGUUCUGCUGCCAAAACUGCUCUUCUCUCUGUGUCAUGAUUUUUAAACAGGCAAUCACGCCCGCACACAAGGCUCGACCUCAGCGUCAUAUCUUGUAAAUUCAAACAUGCAGCAUUGAAGAACGUCUCUGAGAGACAUAAAAUUGUAAGAUGAAUGUAAAUACUUUCGAUGUGUUGAUAUCACUCAAACACGCUGUUUACGACAAAGAUAAAAAAAACAUAUGAAAGUUCACGUGUUUUCCUUAAUAAUAAUAAUUAUAAUGUAUCUAACAGAAUGUCUGUGGCAUUUGUACUUGUUUUUUCUUGAUUUUAAUGAACUGUAAAAAAAAAAAGCAAAUUUACACUGUAAAUCAUAAUAGAGACAUUAAAGCAAUGAUUGUCAUUUUGUUUUGUUUUUUUAAUGAGGAUAAUUUGUAGUUUAAAUUACAAACAUCAUAGUCUUAGGAAAAUGUUACAAAUAAUAACCCUAAAAAACUAUAAAUUAUAAAUGAGCAUUAUAUCCCUGACAGACGAAGGGAACUCUAAUAAAAUAAUAAUGUAAGUAUUUCUAGUCUGUUUGCAUUUUAAUUACAUGUGUAAACUAAAACAUAGAACGUGAAAUGUGUUCCUUUCCUUUCUUUGAAGACCUUGAUUUUGAUUCAUGUGCAAAAAGUUUUUGGCUAAUUGAAUGACUGGACUGUGAGAUUGCUGAGUUACAAUGCUUAUGCUACAGCUUUUCGUCAUGUUCAUACAAGGAAUAGCACCUGCCUAGUUUUGUGCUCUAAUUAAAUUAAAUGCAGACGCGCAAUUCUGUAAAGAGGUUAGAAGUCCGACCACGACUUAAGAAUUAUAAUACAACUAAUAAAAUCACAGCAAGGUAAAAAAAAA